CAGGAGGACAAAGGUCCAAGUCUUUAGAGUCCUGGAGCUCCCUGUCUUGCUGUAUGGCUUUGGAGAAUCCUUGGGUACCUCUGGUUUGACUUUGUGUCGAUUGAGUGGUUGCUAGAGGAGUCCUUUACGGCACCAAGGCCAUGUGGAGCGUUGAGGGUGAUCCGGCUCGCAGGAUCCUCAUUGCUGAGGCUGAGGGGACGCCCACGUAACACCUGGCUGCAGCAGAUGGAUGGCCACUUCCGGAGGGUGGGACUGGACCGUGUAUCUGCCUGGGGGGUCGCUGGCCGGGAUCCCGAGGAGUUUCGCUUUGUGGUGGGUGCGGCAACGCGCUGCAUCAGCCUCAUGCUCCCCAACCUGACCUGAUGUGUGUGACUAAUAGUACUGAAUAUGAGUGAAAGCAACCACAGUUUCCUCAGUAAUGUAUUUCAUGAACUGAAAUUUUCCCAGCAAAGCCCUUUUAUCCAUCCUAGUCUCUGUCAGGGUGCAUAAUGUUUGCAACAACCAUUGUAAAAUUUUUGCUGGAUGACAGCAUGCUCUGUGCUGGAAACAUGAAGGGUGGUGUGCCAGGUCCGAGUCUGUCUGUGUGUGUACAGUUUGUGUGUGUGUGUGUGUGUGUCUCAAAGUGUGGAAGGAAAAAUGUAAUUCAUUGAUCAGGUAUUAUUCUUCCCCCAGCUUAUUUUCUGCUAGAUGCCAAAUAAUCACCCUGAGACUCCAUAAGAUAAAGCUCCUUUUAAUAAGAAACACGCCAAAGAGAAGCUGACUGUUGCCGUCCCAACGGGCUCGGCCCCCUGACACAGAGAACAGCUCCCUUAAGAGGCCAUUCUUAACUGGACUAGUUGUUGCACUGCAUAAUCAAUGACUGACUGCUUCUUUCACGACAAGAGCCCUCUUCUCAGCUACAGCCCUCUUCUCAUCGUUCUCACACUUCUCUUAACCUCAGCAGAGUAUUUGUCUCCAUAGGUUCCCCACAACUUCCUGCCAUUUCUCUGCUAGCGAGACCCUGACCCAGAUUUCUGCCAGACAUUUUUUCAUCCAAAGCCACAUAAAUGCAAAGGGGAAAAAACAUUAUGGUUAUAUGGUUGUAAUGAACUUAAGACAUACUGCAAGGCUGUAUUUCAGCCUAUCAGAUACAAGUGCGCGACUGAUUAUACAUUAUAAGUGGUAUAAAUAAUAAAUGCACAUGAACACUGCAAUCUCAAAUGAUCAACAAUAAACCAGUAAUCGUGAUAGCGCUAAAAGUAAUGUGUCAAAAUCACAGCGACGAACAAAAUAAGCAUUUAAAUAAAAUAUUUCUGCAAAUUAACUUAAGCAGCAGACCACUCCCACAACAUGGCCCCACAACAGAAGUAAGUGCUUUUCAGGGAAGUGGACAUAGUCAGUGAGGAACCAGACCUUAACCAAGAGCGAUUUGGAAACAUGCUGAGCUCAAUUAAAAGUAUCACAGUGAAUUACGACGCAGUAAAUGAAGGGAAGACCUUCUCCUCCGGGGACAUGCUGUCCGGCCGCGUCCUGCUGGUGCUGUCGAGGGAGACCAAGAUAAAGGGUCUUCGGGUGAAAAUGAAAGGAAAGGCCAAGGUGCACUGGCGCGAAUUCAAAGAUAAAACCUGCGAACAUUACAAGUCCAAAGAGAAGUACUUUAAGCUGGAGCAACUGGUCAUUGGUCAGGAGAAGGAUAUCGUCCUGGCUGCUGGGAGCCAUGUUUUCCCGUUUACAUUUCAGAUUCCCGAAGGGGACAUGCCGUGUUCCUUUAAAGGAGAUCAUGGAAAAGUGAAAUACAAGCUGGAGGCAAAGCUGAGCAGGUCUUGGAGGUUGCCGAGUAAUGCAGCAUCCGCGUUCACCUUUGUUUCAAUGCCGGUGAUGAGCCUGCUUCAGUUGGCUCUGCUGAUGUCACCCCAGCAUGGCACUGUCACAAAGAAGAUGAGUCUCUUCACCUCCGGAAAUGCUGCCAUUAAUGUGAAUAUCGAACGGACGGCUUACUGGCCAGGAGAAGAAUUAAAGGUCACAGUGUAUGUUCAGAACAGCUCUUCACGUAACCUUGUGCCCAAGGUUGCUGUGGACCAAAUUCAGAGUUUUUUUGCUCAAGGUGAGGACAACAUCUGUAAACAUCGCAUCCUGAAGCAUGUGGGGGAGCCGAUUCCUGCUAACAUGCCGCAGAUGCUGACUGUAGAGCUGAAGCUCCCCCCAAAUCUGCCGGCCUCCAUGUACAACUGCAGCAUCAUCAGUGUGGAGUAUUUCCUCAAGGUUUACUUGGAUGUUCCCUUUGCCAUUGACCCCAAGGUCAAGUUACCGUUGGUCAUCCUUCCUGCUGUAUGAACCAUAGGAGCAUUUCCACAUUAACCUGCCCCUGGGGCUGCCCCCUCCCAACUGCCCCAGGGGCAUUUCCACAUCAACUCCCCCCCCCCCACAGGGUGAAACAUAUGAGAGAAACAGUGAUGAGGGAGAUCAGUCAAAUGAAAUAAAAAUGUUAAUUUAAAAACAUGCAUUACUUCAGAAUUUCAAGUAACUGAGCAUGACUGUUAAUGAGCAUGGCUGUUAAUAAGGAAUUUUUAAAAAUGUGAAAAUGUAUUGAUUUUUUUAAUGGUCUUGAUAUUUUCAGUCUGUUGUGGUAAUGAGAUUUUUAAACACUUGUUUUGGGGAAAUGUUAAAAAAACACAUUGAAUUUUCUGUAAAUGAUUUUAAAUUUACCCUUACAAACAAUUCAGACCUGAUUAUUAAUGGCUAAAAAAUACAUUUGUUGACGCAAGCCUUUUUAAAUACUUCAUGUUUGAAAUAUUUGAUACCAAGAUCUCAUGAGAAUCACCCUCAAAAGCUUAAAGAUUAACUAAAGAAAGUGCUUUUACCUUUGUAUGUGUGGUAAGGUUCAUUGUCUAGAUAUAAAACAUUUACUGCCAAUAAUUUUGUCAUUUUGUCAUACUGUCAAUGUCAUUUUAAUGCACGUUUAAAAAAAAGUCUUUUUAA